AACAAACAUUACAAUUCUGCAGUAGCAAAAAGAUCAACAUUUUACAUCACUAGUUCAAAUUGUUAACUUGGACAAGUAUUCAUUCAAUUGGUUUUGCUCUCAGAGAGAAGCCUAUUAGAAGAAGCUGCCAAAGCACCACAAAUAGUAACAAAUAUUUUUGUUCUUACUUGUCAUUUUAACUCAAUGUAAUAUUUAAAGUAAAUUAUUUACAUGGGAACGCUUUCAUUACACAGUCCAUGCCCUCAUUUGCCGUUGUGUUUUGUUUUGUAGCACAUCUCAGAUGCUUCAUGUUGUCAGUAAUGAACAUAAAGGGACAGUGGUUGACUGAACACAAGCAAACGCUCACUUUUGUGUCACAUUUUUCACCCCAGUGUGAAAUGCUUAACAUUUAAAAUUAAGACCACGUAAGUGAAACUGUGUGUGUAUAUAUUCCCCAAACACCAGUUGCUCAUAGUGGUUUCCUGUCUGGGAACGUGUCCUUUAGUUCUGGUGCUGAGUGUUUAAACUGGGUCGGCGUCAUGGAGGAACUGGCCCGGGAGAGCAUCAGCCUGCUGGCCCGGUCGGCAUCUGUAGCCGAUCCCCCGAGGCUCGGCUCGUUCGGAGCGGUGUUCAUCAUGCUGAAGUCCGCGCUGGGAGCGGGACUGCUCAACUUCCCCUGGGCUUUUGGGAAGGCUGGGGGGGUGAACACCGCCAUCACCGUGGAGCUGGUGUCUCUGGUAUUCCUCAUCAGCGGCCUGGUCAUCCUGGGUUAUGCGUCGUCCGUCAGCAGACAGAAGACCUAUCAGGACGUAGUGAGGGAGGUGUGUGGACGAACUGUGGGACAGCUCUGUGAAGUCUGCUUUUGCUUCAACCUCUUUAUGAUAAGCGUCGCCUUCCUGGUGGUGGUGCAAGACCAACUGGAGAAACUGUGUAUUUCUUUAUACGAGACUGUGACCGUAUCAGGUGAGGCAGACAUGCCUUAUCACUGGUACACUGACCAGCGCUUUUCCCUCUUCAUCAUGUGUCUUCUCAUCAUCCUGCCUCUGUCCAUCCCAAAAGAAAUUGGUAUACAGAAAUACACAAGUGUAUUAGGGACUCUUGCUGCUACGUAUCUCUGUGUUGCAGUCGUUGUCAAGCAUUAUCUAAUGGACAGCCACAUGAUUAUUUACCCAGAGCAAAGCCGAGGAGUCAGUUCCUGGACCUCCAUGUUUAGUGUGGUACCAACCAUUUGCUUUGGCUUCCAGUGCCAUGAAGCCUGUAUAGCAAUCUACAGCAGUAUGGAGAACCAGAAGCUCCUCCACUGGGUGGCCAUCUCUGUGCUCUCCAUGUUUUUCUGCUUGCUCACUUACACUCUGACUGGUGUGUAUGGCUUCUUGACCUUUGGGCAAGGCGUCGCCUCAGAUAUUCUGAUGUCAUAUCCUGGAAAUGAUGUGGUGAUGAUCAUCUCCAGGCUGCUUUUUGGCGUGUCGAUCAUCACGAUAUAUCCCAUUAUUCUUCUGCUGGGGAGAUCUGUGAUCCUGAACCUGGUGCUGCGACUUCAGAGAAAUCGUUGGGGGGUCGCCACUCAUUCGUUUGAGAGUCGCUGCAGAGUCGUCCUGACUGUGGCCUGGAUCUCCUUCACGCUUCUGAUCGCCAUGUUUGUCCCAGACAUGGCCGACGUCAUCAGCGUCAUUGGAGGAAUCAGUGCCUUCUUCAUCUUCAUCUUCCCUGGUCUUUGCUUAGUGUUCACAAUGCAAACUGAAGAUGUCUCUCCAAGACUCCGGGACAUUUUAACCAUCUGGGGCGUUGUAACAAUCGUGGUUGGAGCUUUCAUCUUUGGACAGAGCACCACUAUUGCUGUGAUGGAGAUUUUCCACAAGUUCAAAGCUUAAGAAAGCAGGUCCUCUACAGCAGAACCUCAUCUCUUCUGUCGAACUGGACAUUGAAUUUCCAUGUCCGUCUUUUACUUGUACAUAUAAAUAUACAUUUUGUCUUCUUGAGCAGGACACAUGUUAAUAGAAUAUGUUUGUGUGCUGUGCAAUUUUCAGUUUAAAUGGAUUUUAUUUUAAGCAGAACAUGUUUCUGUAUAUAUAUUUGAUUAUGAUUAAGCAUGUUUGCAGCAGAAGUAUUAUACAGAUGAUCUGUCUUUUUGAGUAUUUGUGUAUUCUUACUGAACCCUGCCAGGGGGCGCUAUUGCAUCAUUUAUAAAUGACUGAACUGUAUUCCCCCCACUUCACAUCAUGUAUAAAACUGUUUAUUGUCGAUUCAGGCAAUAUUUUGUCCCCUUUCUGCUCAUCUCUGUGACCAUUUGCUUGAGUGAAAUGAAAAUAUGCUUUAAACCUUA